GCAUUUUAUCGUGGGGCGACGAACAACAUGCCACGUCGGUGCAGCAAGUGCCAUAGCGAGCGCAUUAUCGUGCUGGAGCAGCGCCAGCUCGUCGUCUGUGGAGCGUGUGAACACGUUGCGCCGGUGGGAGAAGAGGCGGCGACCCCACGCCUCCGAGAUCCGACCUUGCUCAUCUACGACCGCCCUGUUCUCCACAUAUUCUUAUCCUAUGGGCACGAUCGCUAUCAGAAGGUCGCUCUGAUGCUGAAAGAUCAUUUUCGCUCCCGUGGCCAUUCUGUGUGGGUCGACGUGGAAAAGCUGACUCCAGGAUGCGAUUGGGAAGCUGGCAUUGCGGACGCACUCACGUGGGUGAAGGAAGCGCAGGAGAACGGGCGGGUGCUGCUGUUGAUGACGCCGCAUGCUCUUCGCCGGCCCGACGGCUACUGCCUCAAUGAAAUAGCUCGCGCGUCGUCACUCAAGCUCAACAUCUUUCCUGUGUUGGUGGCUGAGAGCGACCCGCCACAGUCGAUCGCGAUGCUGCCGUAUUUUGACUUGCAGUCAUGCUUGCCGCAUCCAAACGAGACGGUGGACGCCGCCGCGUGGGACAGCGAGGUCACGACAUCGAUGGCAGCCCCCGCGUUUCAAAGCAAAGUCCUCCAACUCACUGGACUCCUCGAAGCGUGCGACAGCAUGCGAAGCGCCAUGGUUGCGGCAAUCGGGGGCAUAGACAACUUGCACCUCUUUCACACGUCGCCUGCGGACGAAGGCGGGUCCAAGGCAAAACUUUCCACGUAUCAAAAAGUACUGUCCCCCAAACGCAGCCCACCGCUCCACGCGUCGACGAGUUCGCCCGCCGAUAGCCCGUCGCCGGUUGCUGUCGACGUGCACGAAACCAGAUAUGUGUUUGUGUUUGAUGCAACCAGCGCCCCUCUCGCGAUCAAGCUGCACGAGGAUCUCAUGGCCCAAGGGUUCAACGUACAUCCGCACCUGACGCCGUCGCCAGCGGAACCGCAUGCUCGGCGCGACGCCAUCUCGUGGGCCGCAUCUGGCAAAAUGCUUUUGUUCUUGACGCCGCAGAGCGUGGGUCGACCGCACGGAGUGUGUCUCAACGAUGUGUCGGCUGCCAUGGCGUCCAAUGUCGGGUUUGUUCCGCUCAUGGUUCGGCCGUGCGAGAUCCCCCUGAGCAUUUGCCGCAUUCAGUGGCUCGACUUGAGCGACUGCUUGGUCGUCAACACGCAAAACAACACGAGCACCGUCAACGACGUCAAGUACGCUGUGCGAAUGCCGCAGCUCGUGACGGCCCUCCGCGGGAACCUCGACCACGAUGGCCAGCAAGCUCGCUUGUUCAGCAUCUUUUCGCCGUUUUCGUUCCAGGCCGAGAUCGCCAAGUUCACCCAAGGAUUCGCCGGGAGAGAGUGGGUGAUGGACCAGCUCACGCAGUGGAAGGCCAGCGCGAGCCAGACGUUUUGGGUGACGGGCCAAAUCGGGACGGGCAAAACCGCCCUCGCAGCAUACAUCAUUCAGAGCCAGCCCGAAGUUCGCGCCUUUCACUUGGUCAGUAAAGACGACGAGCAGACGCAAAACCCCCGGCGGUGCAUCCUCAGCCUCGCGUAUCAACUGACCACGCAGCUCCCGGCCUAUGCCGCCUUUCUCCAGCAAGGCGAGCCUCUCGAAGAAAUCGUGGCUGUGUCCAGCGUGACGGAGCUCGUGACGACGCUGCUUGUCGUGCCCCUGAACGCGAUCGCGCAGCCGACGACGGUGCCGUUGGUAAUUCUCCUGGACGGUUUGGAUGCUUUCCAAGACGCGGCCGCGUUGGACAACUGCUUCGUGUCGUCGUUGGUGGCGCUCGUUCGAAAGCUCCCGUCGUGGGUGCGCAUGAUCUGGACCAGUCGCGAAGAUCCGUCCGUGAUGCGCAAACUCCAAGGGUUGGUUCCCCAAGUCGCGUUGGACAAGUGCGUCGACCAGUCCAGCGCCGACAUGUUGAAGUACUUGCAGGCGGCGCUCGUGCCAUUCGUUCGGCCAGAUGAAGGGGCCGUGGUCCCACUCGAAACCCUGCACGCCAUCGUCGCGCGGUCCGAAGGGCUGUUUCUGUACGCCAGCCAUAUCGUGCAUGCACUGCACCAAAAGCGGCUCACGCUCGACAAGCUCGAGAGCUUUCCCGUGGGCAUGGGGGGCUACUUGCGGCAGUUCUUUGAGGACCAGUUUUCCGCCCACCACUACGAAACCAGCAUCCGGCCAUUGCUGGAGGUCCUGUGCGCUGCGUUGGAGCCGAUGCCCAUGGCCAUGCUGCACGACGUGAUGAAAUGGGAUACGUACUCCCAUCGCGACUGUCUCGGGGCGUUCAAGUCGCUGCUGUACGUGUCGGAAAGCGACGACAUCAAGCCCUUCCACACGUCGGUGUUUGAAUGGCUGCAGGAUGCAAAUGCCGCGGGGCGCUUUUUCGUCCGCGUCGAACAUGGCCACGAACGGAUUGGGCUGUGGGCAUGGGCGCACUAUGACUCUGUGCUGCGCGCGACGACCGACAUCUCCAACAUCAAUCUGGAGCUCGAGCCGAGGCAGGCGACCUCUGAGCUCGUCGAUCAACUCCAAGCGCCCCUUUACAUCAUUCGACAUGCAUUGAACCAUCUACACCUGGCCAAGACCGACGCCAGCAUCGAUUGCAUGCGCAAGUUUUCGUCGGACGAAAAGUUUCAACUGGCGCGACGUCUCGUGCGCCUGCGGGAGAGUGGUCUGGAGAGCUUUUUUCACGGCGACAUCGAUCGUGGCAUGGCGCACGCGCUGUUGACCGAUAAUGGGACCCCCGGCGCGUUUUUAAUCCGGUACAGCGCCAAGCACAAACUGUACUGCGCGUCCUUUGUGGACAAAGUUGUCGAUGGAUUGCCCCAAAUCAAGCACAACAUCAUUUACCACUUGGAUUCGGGAGCGUAUUGUGCGGUGCAACCCAACGAAGUCCAAAAGUCGACGCCAGUCUACCCCGACUUGGUGAGUUUUGUCGAAGCGUAUCAACGAAAAGGCAUCUUGACCACGCCGCUUCCGCACGCCAAAGGCGCCACCGACGCCAUUUCCACCUAAAUUCGUCUAGAAUCGAUUUGUUUGCAUUCCACCAUGCGCU